GAAUGUGCAGGUGCUCAGUCUGUGGAGGUCAACCCCGACACCCGCUCAUGGUUCGAACAUGGCUCUGUCAUUCCUUCUGGUCUUGGCUGCCACUGUGAUUCUUAUCAGACCUGAGACCCGUGUAACUAAGGCCUUACAUCAGAACUCACUGGAGUGCUGUGGCGAGAAACAGAGAGUGAACAAUUCAUGUUCAAAUGACACUCACUGUGAACCAGGCUGCUUCUUGCGUGUCCUUGAGAACAGCAACACUGUUUGCAUAUUCUGUGACUCAGCAGCUGUGGAUGUGGAGAAUGUAACAGUCUGCACCUACAACUACACAGCGGAGCGGAAGAAUCAUACAACUGUAACUACUGUCAUUCCUAAAAUUGGAGGGCCAGGCGUGGCAGCCUCCCUUCUUCUGGGAACACUGUUGAUCAGCUUGUUCCUGAUCCUGUCUGUUGCCUCCUUUUUUUACCUCAAACGCUCCAACCGACUCCCAGGCAUCUUCUACCGCCGCAACAAGGCUUUCAUUUUCCAACCAAGUGAGACAGCUGUCAUGAUCCCCUCCUCAUCAGUGAGGAAGCCAAGAUAUGUCAGAAGGGAGCGGCCCUCUGCAACAUCAACAGUGAAUAGUGCCACCAUACCCACCACAUCCACUACUCAAGUGUAUAAUGUGUAGGACGAGGGUUGGAAGUGCUGGUGCAGGUAGGAGAGGAAGCUCAGGAAUGAUGCUACAUUUUAUUUAUCAAGCGUGAAGAAAACCAGUUGAGUCGUACAGAGGUGGCCAAAUUUAACUAACUGCUGGCGGUGCAUCUUUUUGACACAGUCUUUGACUUUGAAUUAUUUUUUUUUUCUUGUUUUUGUUUUGUUUUUUUAAAAUAAGCAGACACACAGUAACUAGAAGAUCCCAGUAAAGAUAGGUUCAGUAUUUCUCUGCAAAUUUGAAACGUUGCAGGUGGGUUUGUAUUUUCCAUCCACUCGUGCAGCACUGCUGUGAUGAAUAGAUUCAUCACUCAGAAUCACUCCUUGGUUUUUAAGUCUAAACACUGUCAUUAAACAGUUUUUAUCCGCUGUGUGACUGUGUGUUGGGUUUCACAGAUAUGUGGACCUGUCUGUUAAGGGAAUAGCUCCACAUUUAUGGAGAAAUAUGCAUGUUUGCUCUCUAGCUGCAAGUUAAAUGAGUAGAUUGACAUCACUCUCGUGCCUGUAUGGAAAAUCUGAAGCUACAGCUAGUAGCUGCUUGGCUUAGCAUGAAGACUGGAAACGGGGGGAAACAGCUAGCCUGGCUCUGUCCAAAGGUAUGGAUCAAACAAACGAUAUGUAAAGUGUUCAUUCGGAGGUGCUGGAGGUGGAUUGUGAUAUCCUUGGUCAGAGCCAGGCUAGCUGUUCUCUCCUAUUUCCAGUCUUUAUGCUAAGCUAAACUAGCAUCCCUGGCUGCAGGUCCAUUUUUAACAGACAGAAGACUGGUAUCAGUCCUCUCAACUUGGCUAUUCUUUUAAGUGAUGGGUUUCAUAAACACAAGGAUCUGUCUUUUUAGACCGGUUAUAGGAAUAGAAUCAGCGACCAAGUUGAGCAACAGUGACACUGAUCUUUGGGACAGAGCGACUGCCCAGGGAUGUUUGAUGGAAGCUUGUUUAUGAGUUUGCGAAUUAGGAUUUUUUUUUUUUUUUUUUUAACUUGUGUGAUAUUUAUUUGCAUAUUGUAACAGUGCACUGAAUUUUACUGAUUAGAAUCAGGCCAACAGAAUAAAUUAUGUGUUUAACAGCAUUAGAAUUCUUCCAGUUGUAGGGAGAGUUAUUGUAGGGGCUGUUUGAUGAUUGUUUGAUGGACUUUGUAUUUUUAUUAUUGUUUGUAUUUAUUAUUUUUGUGGGCACAACCAAGGUGAAUGUAUUUCACAUGUACAACAAAUCGUGCAUUGGCGUUACAUGCAUCAUUUAUUACAUUCCACAGCAAACCCACUCACAUCCUGAUAGAGGUCAUUUUCAACAACAAAAUCAUGUUUUGGUUUUUUUUGUUUGUUUGUUUGUUUUUCAUAGGAUGUUCUGUGAUCCUACGAAAACAAUUAAAAUACCAAUUUUGUUCCAUGAAGUAAAGUUUAAUUCCAAUAGAUUUUUCUCUCAAAACAUACAAGUUUUAAAACUUUCUGCACUUUAUUUGUGUGAGGUCAAAAUGUUUAAAUAACUUGCUGCCAUCAAGUGUGAUUGAGAUUGUUUUGUUGUAUAACUGGCAACAUUAUUGUUGCAUUGUGAACAUUACUUGACUACUAUUACCUUUGCCAAAUGUUGUCUGAAGAAAAUGGCUCAUACUGUAUGCCAUUACUGUGAUUACUGUGCCAUUAUGAGCUUUAAAUGCAGCCAGGAAACAUUAAGUCAUGACGUGAUGAAUAAUUGGGUAUUUGAAUAAUAUCCAGUGGCCUUUACUGUACAUAGUUCGAAACCAAGGCUCGUUAUCCAAGUUUUAUUUGCCACGUGGUAUUUUAUUUCAUCUAUUUUUAUAUCUUGACAAAACCAAGGCUGUAAAAACUAAUUUCCACCCUCAGUAUAUGUGGAGCAAUCUGAAGUGAACCAGAUAAAAGGCAGCAAUCAUUCCAUGAAUAUUUCCCUUUUUUCUUCAUGUUUGCUGUUGUACAGACAGCCAUAAGCUGAAUACAUGUACAUAUUGUUUUAUACAAAUGAAGUAUUGUUUUUUGUAAUGAUGUACAUAUUCUAGUUUCAGUGCCAUGAAGAAUGUUUUGAAGAUAUCGAUUGUUUGCAGAAAUAAAGCACCUUUCAAUAAUC